AUGAGCCUCCCAGUUGAAGAAAUGAGCGAAGAUUGGGACUUGCCGAACCUGCUUGCAACCUACUGGCACGACGGUAGUGGAGAUUGGGCCGCCCCCUUAGAUCUUCAGCCCCUCACCAAUGAAAACAUCAAUUGGGUCGAGAGUUUCAUCAAGUUCGCCAUCAUGGAUCAUGUUGUUUGGAAGCCAGGUGAAAUUGAGAUGAUGACCGAGGAGAGAUGGGCAGUAUUCUUCAACAAGAUGCGCGAAGGUGGCAACAAUGGGAUCGUUCUGGUAAUGAAGGCACGAAUUUGCACUUGGUUGGACGUCAGAUACGGACUCUACCAAUGGCAAUUUUUCCAAUGUUUCUGCCGUGAACUAAGCGAUUAUCUCCAAAAGAAUUUCUACAAAUAUGAGAAUGAUGAGGACAACCUUUUUGACAUUGAUUGGGCGGAAGCUGUUCAUCACCUGGCGGGAGUCAAAGUCGCAUACCCUGACUCACAAGAUGAUCCCAACCCAAUGAACGUUAUUCGAGCAAUAUUUGACCGUAGAAUUUCCUACGAGGAGAUUCCACGCCCAUUCCCAUCAGGAUCUGGAUUGGGAUCGUUCUUUGAAUACGAGUAA